GUCAAGUAUAAAGAAAACUGUGAUCGACCACGAGCUAUGCGUGUCAUAAACACAAAGAGCAAUCACGACUAGGAUCAACAUGCCUGGUUAUUCGGAGCACGCUAAGCAGGCUCGCGCAGCCAUAGAACGCGGUUUGCGGCCGGACCGAGCAUCUCAUCAUGCACCAGCAUACGUGAGUCCAUCUAUCCCUCCGACACUGCUCCAACACGACGACCAAAUCGCUUCUCAACAUGCUAAGGCUCCCGAACACGGAGCCGAACAAAACGCAGAAAGCAAUUUAUCGACAACGAUUGCAAAGAACCCCUCAUCCUCCUGUGUCCUCUUCGGUUGGCCUGCCCCGCCGCAUAGGGAUGCUCCAAAGUCACCGUAUCAGAAGCUGCGUGACCGAGCUAGAACAAGGAGGAAAUCCGUCCGGUUUGCAUCGGUCGUCGAUGCAAGGGCAAGGGGAGAACAAGAAGCUACAGAUGAGGUGGAGCGGAAAGGAGAAGAUUCUCCUCGUCGAAAAGAUGGAAUGUGCGGUGCUGGACGGUUAGCGAAGAGGACACUACGUACCUGCUCAGAGGACAAGGAGCAGCGGCCGCGCGAAGAAGAUGAUGAUGUCAUAGUCAAUGGGAACAAUUAUGACUACUCGAAGGAUAAGGAAGGACCGAUGAAGAAUGCUAGCCACGUUUCUUUUAAUGAAAAAAUCGGUAAAAAAGCAGGACAAGAAGUAGAUCAUGAAGAUAUCAUCGCUCUCUUGAGUGCCCUCGUCGAACCCUCAUCUUCUGAGCAGGAGGACAGCUCGUCUUCUGAUGGCAAAAGCGACAGUACUAAGCCCGGCCGUAUGGACCGGCAACUGCCCUCAAAAAGAACGAGGAGAAAGGAGAAACAGGAAAAGACGACCACAAGAAGUGAAAAACUAGAUGAUGAUGAAGAUGAUAACUUUCACAGCCACGUUCGCGCGAAACAAGAAACCGAAGCCGUUGACGCUUUUCUUGGUACUUUGAUGAAAACGGACGUGAAAAAACGGAAUCGAGUUUUGAAACUCGUCUGUGGCGAGACGCCGACGACUUCAACAGAGAUCGCAAGGUUCUGUAAGCGACAGAUGCGAGAUUUCUUGCAAACCAAGCGACUUAGAGGUGCAGACUGGCUUACGCUGUUCCAUCAGGAAGAUAAGCGACUUCAUAGGCCACUGAAUAACGAAGAGUUCACGGCAAUCGCGAAGCAAAGAGCGAAGAGGAAAAGAGAAAGGUAUUUUCGUUCACAUUCUAGCAGCGUCUGGGUCAUACAUCUUUUUACAUGUCAUUAUUCACGCUAGUUGUAGUUGUAGUUCUUUCAUCACGAUUCUUCAUAACUUGAUCAGGUGUGUCGAAUCGCGUCGACGACGGAAGCUCUUUCGCAAAUGUAGGCUCAAGAAGAAGGAAAACUUGGACCAGCUCUACGAAGAAUAUCGAGACAAGAUCGAGGCAUUGUUUGGAGGAGAUUCAAUGCGGGUGAACAAGGAUGAACAUGAGGAACACGAAGGUUUUGAGCAAGACAUCGACUUCAAGCUCGAACUAAACGGUGCGAGACUACAUGAAAAUAAACACACUUCUGUGCAUGUUGACAUAUUUGAUUCCGAUCGACGACAACUACAACAUGGACAUGUUGAUCAACUACAUGUUGACCACACCUCUAGUUCGCUGCAUCAAGAAUGGGAAACUGAUACGCAACAUACACAUAGUACUACAAGAACAACAGAACAUGCCGAUACCCCGCAACUACUACCACGUCCUCGCAAAACCCGGACAACUUUGAGUAGGUUCCGACCAUCACUGCAUGGGAUAAAAACGUGGCAGUUCUUUUCCAAAACAAUCAGGAAUGAAGAUUUCAACAACGCCGUACAGAUUUUCGGUGCUAACCCUCAAAGGCUGGGACAGCGAAAGAGAGUAUGAAAAUGUAGGGUCAUAAUAACAGGACGUUGCGCAACGAGAGGAAUCGAGGUUCUUCGUAACACAUGAAGAGGAACAUGUACAGUAAACUUUUUUUGCACAGAUCAUGUUUGUUGACAUCACUAGACAGUCGUGACAAAUAGAUGAAUAGACACCACGACUACGAGGAUUGAAGAUGAAAAGAGCAUGAUCUUUCGCAAUCAUCUAGCCUGCCAUGCUGCACAGACUUCCUUCAAGAAGUUUCAGCUGUUGAGUUGCAUCACGAGUAGACAGAAAGAAAGGUAUUCAUCUGCAACAAUGAUGAUUAUCUACGAGCUGAGAGAGUUUUUAGCAUCAAAAACAGUUGUACUUGUAC